AUGCUGAGUUUUCCGGUGAGAAAAUCAGGAGCAACGACGGCUACCGAAGGGGAACUGUGUCGAUAUCACUUGUGGGUGUUUGACUCUCCGCCGGUCGUUCUUCCUGCCCUCGAGGAGAAUCUUGUCGUUCCGAAUGGUUCUACCAACUUCAAAAUCAGACUGAGUGGCUUCGGUAAAGGGGUUUCCACAGAACUGUUACAGAGGAUGGCAGAUAUACUACGGGCUCGCAUACAGGCUUCUUACUAG